AUGCCUCUUGCUGCACGCAGCCUGGAUCUCUCCAGCAACUUCCUCUCGGGCCCUCUUCCCAACGGGGCAUGCCGGCGUCUCUCUUUUGAUGCCAACUGCUUCACGCUGCCACUUGGCUGCCAGGACAGAAAUUACUCGAGCACCCAGCCGGUUCUCCCACCAGCAUCUGUUCUCACCAAGGGGACGCAGCGCGAGACAAGUGGGAACUUCACUGCAGCGCCGGUGACUCUGUUUGUGUACGAGACAGGGCAGGCGCUGUCAGGGUGUGGGCUGGAGCUCGCCUUCCAUGCCAACUUCACCUUCUCCCUCUCACCUCGAUCUGGCCGCGUAGGCUUCAACGGCUUUGCCUUUGUCGUCUCGGCAAUGGACCGGGUGGGGAGUGGUGCAGGUGUGGGAUAUGGUGGAAUGGACAAGCGGAGCAUGGCGGUGGAGUUUGACACUCUGCAGAACAAGGAGCACGGUGACAUGAGCAGCCAACAUGUGGGGCUGAACAUUCGAGGCGAGGACAAGUCGCUAGCCGCUGUGAGGUCACCCUUCCCUCUGAGCAACAGGAAGGCGUACACGGCGUUGGUGGACUAUGAGCCGGGGGACCCCGGCACCAUCCAGGUCUUCCUGGCUGACUCGCAGGAGAAGCCGCAGGAGGCACUGCUGGAGAGGAGGCUGGCGCUGUGUGAGGUGCUGCAGGGUGCAGCUGAGCAGCCCGCCUUCUUCUUUGGAUUCGUGGCGUCCACCACUGUGAAGCCGUUUCAGCGGCACGUCAUUCUUGAAUCGACAGUGGACACAGAUGAGGGCAGUGCUGGUGAAGAUGAGGGCAGUGCUGGUGAAGAUGAGGGCAGUGCUGGUGAAGAUGAGGAUAGUGCUGGUGCUCAUGAGGGUGUUGAUGGAAGCCUAUGGCCUGCAGCUAUAACGAACACGUACAUGCCAGCAUGGGCCAGCCCCUUCCCGCGCUACGUGAGUGCGGACUACCGAGUGGCGCCCAGCAAGCAGGACUCGUGGGUCAUCAGUGCUUGUUGGGCAUUUGCGGUGGUGGCGAGUGUGGAAGCGGCAUACGGCAUUGCAAUGAAUGCAGAGGCGCCGCGGCUGUCAGUGGAGUCACUCUUUGCAGCCAUGGGGCUCACCUCCGAAGCUGACAAGUGCAUCACGGGGGGCUCUCCAACUGAGGCGUUGGAGAGGCUUCUCAUGCUGCCUCGCGGUAGAAUCACAGAGGCUGGAUCGUCUGUGAGUAGUGUGGUGAUGCUAAGCCAGGACAGAAAUUACUCGAGCAGCCAGCCGGUUCUCCCACCAGCAUCUGUGCUCACCAAGGGGACGCAGCGCGAGACAGGGGGGAACUUCACUGCAGCGCCGGUGACUCUGUUUGUGUACGAGGCAGUGCAAGCGUUGUCAGGGUGUGGGCUGGAGCUCGCCUUCCACGCCAACUUCACCUUCUCCCUCUUGCCUCGAUCUGGCCGCGUGGGCUUCAACGGCUUUGCUUUUGUCGUCUCGGCAACGGACCGGGUGGGGAGCGGCGCUGGUGUGGGGUAUGGUGGAAUGGACACGCGGAGCAUGGCGGUUGAGUUUGACACGCUGCAGAACAAGGAGCAUGGCGAUAUGAGAAGCCAGCAUGUGGGGCUGAACAUCCGAGGCGAGGACAGGUCGCUAGCCGCUGUGAGGUCGCCCUUCCCUCUGAGCAAGAGGAAGGCGUACACGGCGUGGGUGGACUAUGAGCCGGGGGACCCCGGCACCAUCCAGGUCUUCCUAGCUGACUCGCAGGAGAAGCCGCAGCAGGCGGUUCUGGAGAGGAGGCUGGUGCUGUGUGAGGUGCUGCAGGGUGCAGCCAAACGGCCCGCCUUCUUCUUUGGCUUUGUGGCGUCCACCAUUGUAAAACCUGUUGGUGAAGAUGAGGGCAGUGUUGGUGAAGAUGAGGGCAGUGCUGGUGAAGGUGAGGGUACUGCUGGUGCUCAUGAGGCCUAUGGCAUGCAGCUAUCAACGAACACGUACAUGCCAGCAUGGGCCAGCCCCUUCCCGCGCUACGUGAGUGCGGACUACCGAGUGGCGCCCAGCAAGCAGGACUCGUGGGUCAUCAGUGACUUCCACUCCUGGGACUCUGUCCCCUUCCUUGGCUAG